AGGGUUUCCGCUGCAAGUCGAUCAAAACAACCAAAACCCUCUGCGUGGCGCCAUGCCGCUUGGGAUUUCCCGCGGCUAUGAACCGGGGCGCACCUUGCUGCAACUGCCCAUCACCUACAUAGGAGCCGCCCACCGGGCUCGGCGCGGCGAUGAGGGUUCCGCGCAGCUGGCGAGCGCCUGCGAGGACAUGGCGAGCAAUCGCCCGGACCUGGCACAGGAGAAGGCGUCGGAUGCCCGGGCAAUCUUCCAGAAACGAGGAGAUCUGCAAAGCAUCUCUGAUGCCACUCGCGUACUGAUGGUCGCCUUGGCGGACUACGAGUCCCGGGCGGAAGCGCUCGACAUAGGCGAAGCCCACCUGGCAGAGCUGCGGAAGACUGGGCAGCGAGCGGAGGAAGCCUUGGUGCUGCAGUCCUUGGCAGAGGUCGCUGCCUUCCGAUGCCGCGGAGAGCGGAGGAUGCAGGCAGUGGCUUGGGCGGAAGAGGCCAUAGGCAUCCAGAAAGAGCUGGAGGACAAGGUCUUCGAGGGUUACGCACAUUUAGCUCUGGCCUCCGCACUGAUCCAGAAAGGCGUGAAGGCACAUCAGCGGAAGCACUACCAAAAGGCGGUCAAGGCGCUUAAGGCGGCCUUGGCGCUCUUUGGUGCAGUGCCCGUGCCGCAAGAGGACGAGGACACCACGAGCUUUGUCUUGGCGCGGAGCGGCGAGGCCCGGGCACUUCAUGGCCUGGCCAGUGCUUGCGGGCGACUGGAGGACUUCCGCACCUCGGUGAACCGCGCCCGCGAGGCGGCGGCCAUCUGGCAGGAGCUGGGCUUCCGACUGGAGGAAGCCUUGGAAUUGGAGUUCCUGGCACGUCUUCAGUUGCAGCUGGGGCAGUUCAAGGAGGGGCGCAAGUCGGGCGAAGAGGCCCUGAAGAUCUUCAUAGGUCUGAAGAUUUCCAUUUGGCAAGGCGUGACCUUGCGGACCCUGGUCAAGGCCUUGUUGCGGGGGAAGAAGAUCAAGGAGGCUCGCAAGCUGGUGACAAGGCGCCAGGCGCUCUUCGAGGAGGCCAAAGAUGUGGUGGGCAAGGCGGCGGCCCUGGAUGCCACCGCCGAGGUGCUGAUGGCUGAGGGCCAGGCUAUUGAGGCAGCGAACCUUCUCAAGGAGGCGAUGAAGUUGGCGAAGAACACCCAAAUGAAGGACCGGCAGCUGAAGAAAUACGAGGCAACCAUGACUGCAGAGCAAGCCAACUUCUACCUGCAGGGCCAGAAGUAUGAAGAAGCGCUGCAAACUGCCAAAUCGGCCUUCCAUCUUUUUGAGAAGCUGCAGUGUCAAGUGGAGAUGGCCACGACGCUGAGUACCAUGGUCAUGGCGCAUUUGUGUUUGGAGCAUCCGGACAAGGCCCUAGAGGAUACCAAGAAGGCCAUCAACAUCUACGAGUCCUUGAACGACAAGAAGGGCGAGGGCUUGGCGUGGAUCAACCAUUGCUCUGGCCUGACGAAGAUGGGCGACUUCGACGAGGCUAUGAAGGUGGCGAACAAGGCGCGAGAUAUCUUUGCCAGCCAGAAGCUGCUGAUUGGCGAGGGACAAUCCUUGGAUCAUCUCUCAAGCCUCCACAUGACCCGGGGAGACUUUGCGAAGUCAGCGACGUGUGCCAAGCGCGCGCGGCAGAUCUUUAACGAGGCUGCUUGCUUCCGACAAGAGGCCUUCAUGGCUUGGGCCGAGGCCGAAGCACUCUUCGGCCUCGCGCAGACGCAAGCGGAGGACUUCAAGCCGGAUGAGGAGCUGCCUGAAGUCUGCCGCAAGGCGGCGGAGGCCGCCGAGGAGGCCUUGCGCUUGGCCAAGGAGGCGGACGAUGAGCUGUUGACGAUGCAUGCCAUGCAGGUGGUGGCCAAGACCAGGAUCAUGUGCUUCCGUCACUGGGAGGCGGGGCCCUUCGUGGAAGAGUCGCUGGAGAUCGCUCAGAAGAACAACCAGCGCAUGGAGGAGGCCAGUCUCUGGCUGCUGAAGGCGCAGAUUUGUAUUUGCGAUGGCGAGGACGACAAGGCCAAAGAGAACGCGAUCAAAUCGCGGGACAUGUUCGAAGAGAUGGGCAACGAGCAGGGCAUGGAGCAGGCGCGCGAGAUCAUCGACGGGGAUUACUUGAGACAACAGAGGGAGCAGGAGGAGAUGGGCAUUACAGCUGCCACGCCCAUGCCGAUGAUGCCCUCGGAGUCACAGAUGUAUGGUGCUGGCGGCAUUGGUGGGCGCACCGGUGGGCCGGGCCCAGGCCCUUCGCCCAUGGCGCCGCCACCGGCGGCCGCGUCCGCGCCGGCCGCCCCGGUGGCGCCGCCCAAGGGCGGGCCCACGCUGCAGCAGAUCGAAGAGACGGUGCAGGACAUCGCCAUGUCGCUCAUCGGCAGCGACGAGCUGCAGCUGGACAGUGCCUUGAUGGACGCGGGGUUGGAUUCCUUGGCCUCGGUGGAGUUCCAAAACACGCUCACCAAGGAGUUCCGAGGCGUGGCGAUGCCCUCCACGUUGAUGUUCGACUUCCCCACAGCCAAAGAGAUUGCACAGCACAUCAAGGACAACUUCAGAGGCUAAGGAUCCUGAGGGCGUGCAGCUCGAACCCAAAGGGCGUGGUUAGCACUGAAGACACUGGCCUGGAAUCUCGAAAGAUCUUCUUC